UACUCUUAACAGAACGAUGCUUUAAGGAAAAGAAUGCUUUUAGACCAAAAGAAGGGGCAGUGGCUUGGGGGAUGGGGGCAUUGAAGGUUAAUCAGUCCAGCUAGCCAGCUAGGUUCAUGCAUGUUUCCUAAAUUUCAAUAUUCCUUGAUAAUUGAGAGGCCGGCAUGUUAGGGACUGUCUUAAUUCAUGUCUGAACAAAGAUAACCUGCAUAUGUGGGAGACCUGACCAGAUCCUAAAAGUUGUUUUUGUUUUAUGUAGUAAAAGUAUUUUUGUUUUAUGUCCUGUCUCUGAUCUCUUCUUGGGGCAUAGGCUUAUUCUUCUAAUACACGUGUGGGUUGAGAGAAAGAGAGAAAGAGCAUCGUGUGAAAUGGAAGCAAACAAACUGGUUAAUCUGUGUCUCGUACACAUAUGAUGAUUACCUUGUGAGUGAAGAAAAAUGUAUCGACAAGACAAGAUAGAGUCAAAAGACAAGAUCACCAAUCAUCCCUCUCUCUCAUUCGAUCCUGUAUCUGUGCGCGUGUAUGAGGCCUGAGGGUCGACUCGAGGGAGGGAGGUCCCCCUCCAAUCCGUUUCACACUCCACCCAUCAACCAACAAAUUAACACUCUCGUCAUAUGCAUUUCUUUCUCAUAAUAUAUUUAUUUAAAGCAAACCCCACAACCAUCACUAUCAUCAUCACCAUUACCUCCCCGUGAAGCCUUCUCUCUCUGAUGCAACAAUCAUUUACCUAUAUAGCUUUCUCUUCUUUAUCUCCAUCAAACCUGUUCAAAAGAGAAAGGCUCCACUAGAUAAGAUCGCGACCCAGCCCAGCUAGCAGCAAUGAGGAAGCCUGAUCGAGAUAUGGGAAAAGACAUGAGAGUUAACAACAAGAAGAUGAAGCUGAGGAAGGGAUUGUGGUCACCCGAAGAGGAUGAGAAACUCAUUAAGUACAUGUUAAACAAAGGGCAAGGCUGUUGGAGUGACAUUGCUAGGAAUGCUGGUCUACAGAGGUGCGGCAAGAGUUGUCGUCUUCGAUGGAUUAAUUACUUGAGACCUGAUCUUAAGCGUGGAGCCUUUUCUCCUCAGGAGGAAGAGUUUAUCAUACAUUUGCAUUCCAUCCUUGGCAACAGAUGGUCUCAAAUCGCGGCUCGUCUUCCAGGAAGGACAGAUAAUGAAGUAAAGAAUUUCUGGAACUCCACAGUAAAGAAAAGAUUGAAAAAUAAAACCUCCGUAUCCUCAUCACCAAACAACAAUGAUUCAUCUGAGCCCAGAGAUGUUGUAGGAGGGAUUUUUCCAGUGCAUGAACAUGACGUCAUGGCCUUAUUCAAGGACUCAUCAUCAACAUCCAUGCCACCAAUGGCUACAGGAAACCAAUUCGAUCCGUUUCCUCCGCUCAAUAACCGUUAUGACAUGACGGGCGCAUUCGAUGUGCCCACAUGCAUAACACAAGGUGGUAUGGGAGAGGGAUUUUGGGGGGAUUAUGGGAUUUUAGAGCCUGGAAAAAUAGGGUUGGAAGGGGACUUUUCUCUUCCUCCACUUGAGAGUAGAAGCAUUGAAGACAAUAAUGCUGCCAAUAACAGCAUUGAUAAUAUGAAAAGAAAUAACAACCACUACAAUAAUACUUGCUUCAGCAACACUGAUCAGAGCUUUAAAGUAGGGGACAUGUUUGGGUUAGAAAAUCAUCAAUGGCAAGGAGAAAACUUAAGAAUGGGAGAAUGGGAUUUGGAGGGUUUGAUGGAUAAUAUAUCUUCCUUUCCUUUCCUUCAAUUCCAAGUUGAAUAACUGCAUACACUUAGCCCUCAAUCUUUCAUAUCUACCCAAAGCCAUAUAUUGGAAAUUAUGGGUAGAUAUUCUUUUUCAACAUCACCAAAAUUAUACUUAAAGCCUCCCCUUUAGCUGAAAUAUUUCUCCUGUCCAUCUCAGAAUCAUCGUUUUUUCCCCUCUUUUCUUAAUUGGUGCUUCAUAUGAUCCAUAAUUGUUUACGUCCAGGAAUAAAUAUAAAAACUUGGAGAUUACCACAGCCUUAGAUAUCUUGCUCGUAUGUAUUUCAUUGUUGUUCCUUUCGAAGAGAAAUGUGAACAGAGAUACAGAAAAAAAAAAGAGUCAAAAUAAAGAUUAUAGUUGUUGAAUUAAUUGUAGUUUUAAUUUCUUUAACGUACAAAUUCUAUACAGA